UGGUGAUCCUGCCAGUUUUUGAUGUGUUUAGUGUCAAGUGAACUGUUCUCCCAGCUUGUGCUUUCACAGCUUCCAAAUGCUUAUACUGUAAGAGAUGGUGUCAGGAGCCCUGCUAAAGUCAACAUGUCAUCCGCUGCUUUACCCUAAUCUGCAUAGCCAGUCCUGUAAUUGUAAAAGGCAACCCGUCUGGUCAAGCAUGAUUUCUCCUGGGUUGAGUUUUCACCAGAUGUGGUUUUUCUUUCUGAUUUAGAGGGAUGCUGGUCUAGCAGGAGGUGUCCCUGCCUAUGGCAGGGGAUUAGAACUAGAUGAUCUUAAAGGUCCCUUCCAAACCAAACCGUUCUAUGAUUCUGUGAUUCUUUCAUGGGCAGCCUCCUGCACCAUGUUCAUUCUGUUGCACCCAACUACACAUCUUGGAAGUCACACUUAAUCUAGCCUAGAAGAGGGCUACAUUGCAUUUCUUUUUCUUUGUAACAUGCUGACCAUAGGAAUAUGUGGCUGUGUGUGGUUGGUAGUGAUUCAAAGGGCUCAGUCUGCAGAAGUCAGGGAAAGUUGGGUGAAAUACCAUUGAGUUGAAUACAUUGUAGACAGUAGUAAGCUUCACUUACUCUGUGUAAUUUAGUUAGAUCUGUCUGAUAUUCAACAACUUCCAUAAUCUGGGAGUGAUGUGUUAAUUUCCUUGCAGGAGAGCUGCUGCAUUCAUAUUUGAAAAUUCUUUCAUAUGAUCUCUGUAUGAUGGUGCAAUGCAAUAUCAUGUUCUGUAGGAAAAUCACAUGCUAUUUGUUGCUUUUUACCUUUCCAAUAGAACUCUAGUUGUCAGAAUUAAUUUUAGUUGCAAUAUUGCUGAAAUCUUGCUAUGAUUUUGUGAGUAUGUGAAUAUAUAUUGCUUACACUAUUUAAUUGGCUGUUUGUUUAUGAUAGUGCUAGGAGCCCUGAUCAUGUAGGGGGAACCACCUGUGUGAGGCAUUGUGUAAUUUUAUAUGUAUUUAUUUAUAUAUAUACAUACACACAGACUCUUAGCUGUUUUUCCUCAGUUGAGAUAGUAGAAUAUUGUUAAUUAGAAGGAAUAGUUCAUCCCACUGAUUCCAAUGAGCAGUGCUAGGAAAUAGCUUAGGUCACAGCGUGUCCAUCUGUACUGACUUAACUUUCCUGAAGCAGUAAAGGUAAAACUCAUGAGUAGACAGUCUUACACUUAUUUAGAGCUAUUAAAACUCAUAUAUAUGUAUGUGUGUAUAUAUAUAUAUUUGUAGAUUAGUAGAGUAAUCGUUGUGAACUUGGAGGAGGUCACUGCAAAUUUCUGUCUGACCUUCCAUAGAAAAAAGAGCACAACAUUUCCAUGAAUUAAUUCUUGCUUGAAUCAGCUUGUUCUCUUUAGAGAAAACACUGAUUAAAAAUGCCCUUUGACAGAGAGCCCUCUGCAAAAUUUCACAAUUUUUUCCAAUGUUUCAUAACUUUCUCCAUUAAAAUACUGCCUAUUUUGAAUCACUUUGCUGCGUUUGAACUUCCAGCCAUUGACGCUUGUUACAGCUUUUUUUUCCAACAAGGUGAAAAGUGUGACAGUAUGUGUUUUCAGCUCUUCAUGAAGUAUAUUUAGAUGGUAAUUGUGCAUUAACCUCUUUUUAAAGAAGCAAAGACUGAAUCAGACAUAAAGCAAACAAAGUGAACUGUUUUAUUCUGUCAACAGAAGGCAUGUUUUUCAGUCCUUCAUUUGUUCUUGUUUCUUUAUCUUAAACUGUCAUCACUUAGUUAUCAUCUUCCUUGACGUGUCGCUAUCAGUGGUGACAUAGGAUUUUAUUAGUAGUAGUGUUAGUGUCACCUGCAGUCCUGUUCCUACUCAGUAUUUUCCUGUUUGUAUAUCAUAGAAUCACAAAAUGGCUUGUGUUGGAAGGGACCCCAAGGAUCAUGAAGCUCCAACCCCCUGCCUCAUGCAGGGCCACCACCUCCACAUCUAAUACCAGCCCAGGCUGCCCAGGGCCCCAUCCAACCUGGCCUUGAACACCUCCAGGGAUGGACGGUGCAUCCACAGCCUCUCUGGACAGCUGUUCCAGCACCUCACCACUCUCACAGUAAAGAACUUCCCCCUGAUAUCCAACCCAAAUCUUCCUACCUUCAACUUAAAACCAUUUCCCCUUGUCCUGCCAUUAUCUACCCUUUCAAAGAGUUGACUCCCCUCCUCUUUGUAGUCUCCCUUUCCAGGCACUGCAGGGCUGCAUUGAGGUCACCCUGCAGCCUUCUCUUCUUCAGCAGUAAGAUUUCAGUUUUAGUUGCCUUACCAUUGUUAAAUGUGCGAUCUCUGAGUGAAAGGGUGGCUGUGCCUAGGCUGAGUUGGGCCGGAACAUGGUGCUCAGAAGGGUCUCGAUGCGUGUACAGAACUGAUGGGAGGGAGUAGGGAAGGUACAGUGAGACAUCUCACUGUCUUGUCCCCUGUGGAGGGACAGGAGGCAACAGGCACAAGCUGAAAUGCACAGAGUUGCAUAUAACAGAGGAAGAAACUCUGAUGUUUGAAUUUUCCCCAGGCUGGACAGAGAUAGGUCAGUUUUUUCUAAACUUCCUGGAGGAUGCACUGAAGUUUGACAACAGGAAUCCCUUUCUGUUCCUUCAGAGACACGUUUCUUUGCAUUAAUUUAUGCACAACAUGGACACGCAUUUGAUGUGAACAGCUUUGCUCUUCCCCAUCUGUCCCUUGGCUCUGGAAGUAGCACAUACUUUUCACAGGAUUCGGGCAGAUUGGAUUCCACCUCAAUGGAACCUAUGCGCAUGAAGAAUAACAUAUCUUAAUUCUUACAGGGAGUUUACUUCACAAGAGUUAUUUAAACGAGAUGACACAUCCCUUUAGGACCUCUUUAGCUGAUUUCUAAUGUUGCAUUUGGUGCUUUAUAGCAGCGUACAUCUAUCAUAGAAUCAUAGAACGGCCUGGGUUGAAAAGGACCACAUUGAUCAUCCGGUUCCAACCCCCUGCUAUGUGCAGGGUCGCCAAGCACCAGACCAGGCUGCCCAGAGCCACAUCCAGCCUGGCCUUGAAUGCCUCCAGGGAUGGGGCAUCCACAGCCUCCUUGGGCAACCUGUUCCAAUGCGUCACCAUCCCUGCUGAAACCAGGACACUGUGCCUUGCUAUUUGUCAAUGAAUACAUCAUGUCAAUCUCCUUGUUUUUGUGCCCUGUUCGUGCUGCCCAGCAUUAGGGAAAAAUCUGCCACCUUAUGUUUAUUCUGUGCCUAAACAUGUAUGCAGUGUUAAUUUGAGAAGUUUUAAAUAGAUUUUCCCUGAUAUUCUGACAGUUUACUGAGUUGUGUCAGACACACAAGGUUCUGCAGUGCAAUUGCAAACUAAAAUGUAGGCGUAGUGUUUUCCAGGAUGCUUUCCAUUAGGAAAACAAAUUAGGAAAAGGAUAAGGAAGAAAGAGAAAAACGUUAGAUAUUAUUUCCUUUCAUGAAUUAAAGAAGUUCAUUAAGCAUGGGCAAAUCUGAAACCUGGUGGGCAUGAAUUUAAUAUCACUGUACAGAAGGUCUAAAAUAGAGAUUGUUGAGUGAGUCUGUGCCUCAGAACAGAACUUACAAGGGAAAUACAGUUUUUCUGAAGGUUUGGGAGUAGUUUUGUAAACUUUUGAGCACUUUACCUGAUAGAGUGUUUUAGAUAAAGAAUCAAUGGGUUAGCCAUUUUUACUUAAGUGUAUAUGGAAUGCGGGCUAAAAAAAUGAGAUAUGACUUCAAUUAAGUACAGUACAGGAGCAGGUUGAAUAGCACUCUCAUAUGUGCUCUAGCAUUCCUCAGAUUUCAAUUUACCUUUCUAAUUCAGAAGGGCUAAUUACUUACUCCUUCAUUCUAAGAAACGAUCUUUGCCUCAAAUAUACUCAAGCCAUCCAUUUCCAUAAAUUAUUAAAUUUCAUUACAAUUUCACGGGGUAUGUGGAGAUUUAAACCAGAAAAGACAUAAAACAGAGUAUGUUUCUUUGGGGAAGCACCUCAUUUCCAGUGUCUGUUUACUAUCUCAGUGUCUAUUUACUAUUUCAAGGCCAGGUUGCAUGGGGCUGUGAGCACCUUGGUCUAGAGGAAGGUGUCCCUGCCUACAGCAGGGGUUAGAACUGGGUGAUCUUAAAGGUCCCUUCCAACCCAAACCACUCUAUAACUCUAUUUGAAAGACAAGUUCUGAAAUGCAGAUUUCCACAUCUUUACAGGUCGGUAUGAGAUGAAUUUCCUUGGAAAUCCCGUCUGUAAUAACAUGCCAUGGCUUUUACUCUUGCUCUCUCUGUUUUUUAUUUUAUUUUUUUCUUUGUUGGGUAUUUAUAUCUAAACACUAAGCAGCUUAUUUGCAGGCCAAGUGUACAACUAUAGAUACUGUACUGUCAUUUGAAAAACAGGAAUUACUUUACGUUUACUCAUUACAUUUGCAUUUUGGAAGGUGUUGCAAGGAAAGCAAAGGCUAAGGCAGUCUAAAGGGAUUUUGUUGUUGUUGUUUGCGUGUGCCUUUUGCUCUUGACAGCUGGACAACAAAAAGAAGUUAGUAUGCACACACAAAGCUUGAUAGAUUAAAAGCAUAUGAGAAGUAGGUUUGUAGAGCCGCACAUCCAGCUGUCAAAUGCUGCUCCCAAGGUAACAUCGUUCUGAUGAAAAAACCCAGUGCUCCCUUAUCACCUCUAACUACACCGCAGCUUAAAGGGCUACGUCACUCAUCACUAAGCCCUCUCAAAAAAAAAAAAGAAAAAGAAAAAAGAAAUAAUAAUGAAAAAAUGCCUGGCUGAGUCCCUGGAGCACCUCGCUGACUACUUAGCAUGCCUCUCACAGUGGGAUGUGCGGCGGCACGAUGCACCAAGUUGCACCCCCAGGACCGUGAUGGGGCUGGCACGUGGGAAGGAUCCCCGGGGUUUCUCUGGCAACAGCACAGGUUGCUGGGAAACGGAAUUACCUAAAUGGCAGAAACUUCACCCAACUGGCAGCCUCUUGAAUGGAAAUUGGGCUUGAAGGAGACUCCUCUUGCUGAUACCGCAAUUUCCCUCUCUGGUAUGGAAAAUGAAUCCAGAGGUUCUUUAUCCAGAGGAUUAGGCGUGGAUGCUAAAAAUUCAUUCAGAGUUGCAUAAUAAAGAGGAUAAUGAUUUGCAGGAAGAGGUAGCAGUGUGGUACACUGGGUUCAGUAGCUUCUUGUUGCUGUGGUUUUGGAAAGGGACAUAAUGUAUAAAUUCGCCAAAUUUGCAUUGCUAAAUAAACUGGUGGGAAGCUCAAGGCUUGUAUUUACAUGAGUUUUUUUUUCACUAGGGAAUAUUUCAUAUUAUUUUGUGUGAAGUCUGGGAUACAUUGACCUCCUCUGGCUAAUUGUAGUCGUUCUAUCUGCAGUAUGGUUUCUGCAUGAAUGCCAUUGACCUGACAUUUAAGUUAUGUUGUAAUUUCAACCCAGAAAAAAGGAGGAUUGUGAGAAUUGUCUCACUCUUUUGUCAUGCCUUUGUGCUACUGUUUCAAACCUCAUGAGCUUAGAUGCUAAGCAGAUAUGGGGAUGUUAGCAUAUAUAGGUUUUUAAUGAUGGGUUGUUGCAGCUAUUCACAUACAAGUAGGCAUUGCUAAAAUAAUGGGUAGUAAUUCAGGUUGUGACCGGGGUUGCACAGGAUGUGCACAGAUGUGAUAUGCAUUGCAGUGCAUAUCACAGGAAGGUACAUGGGAUUAGGCCACCCACUGGGGCUUCACUUACCACAUCAGAGAGGAGUGAAUGGUGGAAAAGCCUUUGUUUGGGGUUUACCAUGUACUGAGUACAGAGCUGGGAUGGAGCACUGGGAGGUACUGUUAGGAUCAUUGACUCUGGUGCAGUCUGUGUGCUUAAUUCAUCACAUGAUGAAUGUCAAAAGGCAUUUAAACUUGAAAUGCCCCUUCCAUCCGCGGGCUGCAAGGGGAGCAUCCAGUGAUGGAGGUGUGUGUAUUAGUUACAUUCUAGUCUUCCAUUUGAAAGACUUUUCCAGCAAUUGACUGUGUUGACUAUUUAAAAUGUUUUAAGUUUGAAACAAUUCUUAAUUGUUCUUUUUAUCUCUUUAGUUGUGUUUUCUAGCCAUCGAGCAUCUCUGUUUUCUGUUAUUUCUUUGAGGAGAGAAAAGACACACCGGUCACAAUGCCUUCUCAUCCUGUAUUCUGUCAAAGAGUAAAGCUAUUUUAAUAUCUGCCCAUAUAAUAGGCUACUUUUCAAAAGAUAUAAUCAUACUUUUGAACACAGAUGAGCUGUGUUAUAUAUGGCAUUCUUAAAGGGUAACUCAUAUGGACACUCAUUCAAACCAGAUCUGCUCAUGAUUUACGUUAUGGUUGCAUGAACAGAUUAGCUCAGUGUAAGCCUGAUGUGGAUUUAUAACAUAAAAACUACUCCAGGUAACUGAAUGCCUUUGUUGUGCACUGAAUGCUAAGUCAUCUGUCUGGUUUCAUUAGAAGGUAGGCUGCGUUACAUUUACUCCAGGGUAAAAAAGUGCAGUUACCACAAAGAAAUGUGGUAAUGAGGAUUUUGUUUGCAUGCAUCAUUUUUUGUCUUUUUUUUUUUUUUUUCAGAGAACACCAGAAGCAAACUUAAUUGAGGGCAUAAUGUCAUUUAAUGACCUGCCUGUAGUUGGUACUCGAUACAAAGCCUUAAUUUUUUCUUGCCCUGAGUCAUAACUGUCUUCUCUUUCUACUCACGUCAUAAUAUGCCAGUUCAAAGAAUCAUGAUUUUAUUCCUACUUUGCUUUGCUUUUCUUGGCUAAGGUUCAUAUACAACAUUUCCAGUAACAAAGAAAAGAAUUUCCAAAGUGAGAUUAUGCUCAGCAACAGUUCAGUUGUUCACCUACGUAACUGCAGAAGUGCAGCUUUAGUUCCCUUGUUAUAUGGUGAUACAGUCAUUGAAUGUUUGGCUUAUAAUUGUGUGAUAGGUUCUGUUUCAUCCUGCAUGCUAAUACUCUAUUUAUUAUGUGUAGACUUUCAGUGGUGUGGAUGUAUUUGUAUAUUGCUCUCAUUUUGAUAUUUGCACAUUUUUAUGAUACAUAUGAAACCUGCAUUUAAAUUUGUAGUUCAAUUAGAAUAAUACAUAUAAAUAAGUCUUUAGUUCAAAUAAGAUAAAAGCCCAUGCAAUAUAUAAUUAUGCUUAUUGCAGUUUCUUAUUUGUUGCUCACAGCUCCUUCUUGCUGCAGAUAGGCAAAAGUGUACUUAGUGGAAUUUCAUCCAUUUGGGUGAGCAGAUUAUUGAGUCUUAGUUUCCAAGAUAGAACCUUGCUUACUAUUGAGGCUUGUGGCCAACUGGAUUAUAUUAAACUGGAGAUUUGGUGCCUCAGACACUGGCUGUUAACCCCUGCUGGAAACCCAGUGAGAAAGUAGAAGUAUCCUGCAAAGGAUGGUCGUUCUGAUUAGAUGUUGGAAGCGGUCAUGGCAAGCCUGAAGAUUAGCAGCAAAAGCAUUCCACAUCCUGCAGUAGGAAUUGGAAAGUGUUUCCAUUCAAGGAUGCUAGGUAUUUCCUGCAAACUGCAGUCAGGAAUGGUCCUUGGGUAGGAGAAAUGCUUCUGUAUUGCAUAGCUUGCUCUCCAAGGGAAGCAUGGGUUGGUUUUUUGUUAAUGACGCUGCUGGCAUGUCUACUUUUACUGAACAUCAUAGCAAAAUCUGGAUUAUGUUGCUGAUGCUUCAGAGCCCUUUCUGUUUGACUUUCCUCCUUCAUCUUUUCCUCCUUCCAGGCUCAGAAAUGCACUUUAUGGUUCCUCAAACAUUCAACUCCUAAAAAAUUCAGCCUAGAACCUGUUUACACAGCUGUAGCUACUUCAGGUUAUUCAGUCCACUCCCAAAGGAGGAGCAGACCCCCAAAACGGUCAUCAGUAUUUUGGCGUGCACUGCUGUACGGCCUCACAUUGCGCACUGGGUGCAGAAGGACAUAAAACUAUAGGAGAGACUCCAGAGGAGGAUGUAGAGUCAAGGUAUAUGAGGAACGCUGAGGUUCUUUGGUUACAGAAGCUCAGAGAAGAGACUGAGAGGAGGCACUGUGACUGUGUGCUUUUCCUGCCCCCGCAGCUUCCUCUUUAAGCUUAGACAUUGAGCCCAAGGCCUGAUAACAAUCAGGGUCUCACAAAGACCUAUAACCACCACAAACCUGUUUGAAACUGGGGGCUGAAAGAGCUGAUAGCCGACACCUGGGUCAGCAGCUGAAGGGCAAUUGAGCAUGCAUCACAGCUGUGGCUGAGUCAGCCAUCUUAUCCCUUAAGCUGUGAGUGGCCCAAAGGUCCCUGGAGUAUUUUGGCACAGUGGUUGGCUGUAUGAUAGGAUCUCUUUUUGAGUAGGGAUAUCUCUUGGGGUUACCUGUGUUGUAGAGAUCCCUCACACCUUGAUGUCAAGAUGCUUCUUGUCAGUAUGGGUCCUUGGUAAGCAACUAAUAGAUUGUUCAAGCUUUGUUAUCUUUGCUAAGGUUAUAUCUUUAUUUGUGAGUGUAUAGUUAAUUUCUCAGACAUAAAUGUUUAUCUGGUCUGGGUCUGAGAGUGACUUCAGCUGCAUGUUCAUGUCCACUUUGAAAUGGAGCAUUCUGCUUAUGAAAAAUGCCUUUUGAUGUCAUUAGCAACUGCAUGUGGUGUCUGUUUGAAAGUGUUGAGUAGUGUAAGGAUUUGGGGUAGUGCUUUAUACCUUGUUUCUCACUACUGAGUGGGUUAGCAAAUGUGUUUUCUUAUCAGAUGGCCUAUGUUUCUCGCUGUGUGAUUUAAUUUGGUCCCCUGUGCUGUACUUUGUCAUCAAAUUGCUUUUCAAGGUACUUGAAGGAUGUUCUCUCUCAGCAUGUAGGAUUCCAUCCCACUCAGAUAAGUCAGAUUCAAACUCUGAGUAGAAAGCACAGGCAUUGCAGGCUAUUUCUAUACCAAGAAAUUAAACAGUAUCCGGACUGUAGGUACCUCUACCUUCCUUUUUCUUGUAGAGUUCCAGUAUGGUGUGGCUGUGGCUGGGCUGUUGGGAGAGGUUUGGAAGGCAUCAUCUGUGGUCACAAAAUGCCCAACAGUAGGUUACAGGUGUCCCCAUUCUUCGAUGACGGGCAGAUUUGUCUUUUUGCCAUGAAAUAAUGAAAUUUCUGCUUUAGUCAUCGCUAAGGAAUCAUCUUUGUGUGGAGCAUUUCACAUACCAAUUAAAACCUACUCAGUACUUAAUUUAAUUUACAGUAAUUAUAAGCAAGCUUUUUCAAUGAGAGGGGGGGGGAGGAGAAAAACCAUCAAAUAUAUAUUUUACAUGUGUGGAUGUAUGUGUACAGACAUUCUUACAUACUUCUGUUGUAAAACUCAGUUAUUUAAGUACAAUGCAAAUUUAGAAGUGGAGAAUGAGUAAAAACGACUCUCUCAGGGCAGAUUACUGGAUGCAGGUCAUGAUGCUAAUCUCUGUAGGACCGUUUAAAAUGUAGUUUGUGGGAAAUAUAAUUGUUGAAAAGAAUGUUGAGUAGGAAGCCCUUUGUACUUAGAUUUUUACAACAAAGCUCUUCCUCAGUGCGUAACAAAGAAUAUCAUCUUAUUCUUUAAGCACAGACUGCUGAUUACAAGAGGGUAACUUAACCAUAGUUAAGGAAAAUUUUCUUAUUAAUUUGAUUUUUUUCAGAGCAUCCUUUUCCAUAAUCACUGUAGCUACUGAGACCUUCUAUCCACUUCAUUGCAAGUCUAUUUUCAGUAUAUUCAAGUUACCUGUAAGUGGAUGCCAUUAGGAAUAACUACUUCUACCUGCAGUGCUAUGCAUAUAUUUUUCAUGUUGCGUGCUAUAAUCGCUUUUCUAAAUGACAGUCAGAAAUGCCUGUGAAGCUGAGUUCCUAACAUUUUGAUUUUUGUAAGUACCUGUUUUUUCUCCUGAGGAAACAGAUUUCUGAUAGAAAUUAUAAGCAGUUAAGGGUAUGAAUGAUGUUUGAAGUUCCCUGUAGAACUUCAUAGAUACAAUGCAUACGUCUGAAAGGUUCUGAGUGGCGCUGGACAAAGGAAAUGGGAAAGCAAAAUUCUGUUUUUUAUUCUCAUGAAAAAAACUGGCUAUAGGGCUGGAGAGGAGCAUGUCUAAUGAAGGCUGACCUGUGCAUUUAGUUCUUUCUGGUUGGGAUGUCAAGCUAGCAGAUGAGUUGUUAUGGUAUAUGCCUAUGCUGAGAUAAUUAGGAUGAUGUUGAUCGCUUUGUAUAGUUGUUUUAAUUUAAGUUUUCAACCAUGCAUCUCUUGCUACUUCUCAUUCUUUUAUACUGCUUGCUGUUACAGCUACGUUCACUUGCUUAUGGAUUCUUAGUGCUUCACCAGUGUUGGGCUAUUUAACAGUGAAUGAAAACCAAGAGCAAAGAGAGUCGUUAGACAAUUUAUUGUUAUCAUCUCCUCAUAAGGGUGGCCCAGGUAGAGACAGACUUUUCCCUAUCAUACUUUCACCAUUUGAUAAUAAAUCAAGAAAGUAUCUGUCUCAACGAUCAGACACCUAAAGAACUUGUGACUUGUUCUUAAAGAAAUUGGUUUUACUAAUCAGUUGUAGGCAUUCCCAUUAAUGAUAACAGGGACUCGGUAGCAGAAGUUCUAACAGAGGUAGCUUUGACAUGACCAGUGUUAAGAAUGUAUUUAUUCCUAAGAGUAAAGUGCUUUGGGUAAUAUCACACAUGUGCUGCUCAUGAGCAGUGGUUUCAUACCAGGUGUUCCGAACAAUGCGUUACUUGUCUUUCAUUGACCCAUAGCACAGAGAUGUUCUGCCAAGAAGGACGAAAAGGCAAAUUAUAAAUAUACCCAGCAUUUAAGUGUUUUAGGAAUAGCACUUUAAAGUUUUCCAAUGGUUAGAUGUAUUUUAAUGUGUACACGUACUUGUUAGCAUUUGUAGUUUAUAUUAUCUGUGUUUAGGCAUUCAUUUACUGUGCUUCAUGUGAAAAUGUAGGCCUGUAAGUGUGUUUGGCUUUUGUAAAUAAUUCCUUCACAUGAAUCCUUCUCGUAAGACUUGCUAGCUAGCCUAGUAUGCUUGCAUUUAUUUUCUUCACUUGUAAUGAAUGCACUUGCUUCCACGUGUAACAGCUUAAGGAAUGAGUUGCUUCUUCUAUGCCUGUAUGUAUAUACUAGUACAGGUAGCCGCGUGCCUUGUUUUUGUAAGGCACAGAUGCACUUGAGUGGAAGAGUACAUGGAUGGAGGAAUUUAGAGAAAACGCAGACUAAGAAAACAUCAGGAGGCUUCUGGAAGUAGAAUUUUAAAUGAACUAAUUGCUAUGAGAGACAGUGAGAAGAACAGAGUAAAUAACUUGAAUUAAAUGAUGACCAAGACCCAGAUAAAUAUUUUUUUGCCUAGUUCAUGGAAUAAAAUAUUCAUUGGAUAGGUAAAAUACUGUGAAAGAAUAAAAGUAUGGAUUUUUCUUUGAGCAGGGUGAUGUGGGUGGUGUGAAGGUCCAAGCUAUGUGCUGUUCUGCUGUCAUAAGCCUGACAACAUGAUGAUGGCCAGGUUUGCGCUAGAGAUGGAGCAGAGAAUAUUUGUAAAGAAAGAUGAGGAAAGUUAGAUGGAGCCCUGGGCAGUUUGUUCAAGCGUUUGAAUUAUUGGCUGGCAGUCCUUACCACAGCAGUGGAAUUGGAACUAGAUGGUCUUUGAGGUCCCUUCCAGUUCAAGCUAUUCUAUGAUUCAGUGAUUCUGUGAAUUCAGCUUUCUCUGUAUUUUGUGCCUUGCCAGAGAAGAGCAUAAAAGAAAUGUGAGGAUAACUGAAGGUAUGAGAAUGACUCCUUUAAAUUGGAGUUACAGGGAAGUUGAAAAUAUUCCCCAAAUGCAAGUUGUGGUGAAAGUUUUGUAGCUUCUUAUCUAUUGGGUUAGGUGAAACACUAGAUUGAUCUGGGUUGGAAACUUAUUUAUGGAAAGGAAGAAGGAUUAUGUCAAAAGAUUUUGACAGCUGAGAGGAGGAAGAUGCACCACGCUCAGUAACACCUUUCAAGAUGCAAGCAGUGCUGGUGGUGUGGAGCAGAAAUGUAAUUGCAGAGUAUUUAAGAGAUAAGAGGGAAUUAGGAGAGUUACAGUAAACUACACAUUUGAAAACAUGCUGUAAGACAGGAAGAGGGUAGUCAUUGCUGUAAAUGAGAUCCAUUGUGUUUGAAGCAGUGUGUACUGAGAGAUAAAAUGAGGCUCUUCAUCAUAUUAGUGAGGCUGUCCUUUUCUGUAAAGCAUUUGGCUACUGGGGAAUACAUUUGUUUUUCCUGCUGUACUUUCUGGAAGAAUAAUAUUAAAUAGUUCAAAUUGUUUGUCCUCCUGGAAUUAUAUAUUUUUGGAAUGUACCUUUUGGCAGAAGGCCAACGAAAAGAUGAGUUCCUAAUGAUGUCUGUUGGAGUACUAUAGAUUCAGAAGGUCUUUUUGUUCCCAUGUUGAUGCCUCAUGGUCUUUCAGUAGAGGCUAAUUGACAUAUUAGAGCCUUCUGUCAAGUGCACAAAGAAAAGAAACAAAAAUUAAACCUAGUCAUCUUUUCCCACUUUUGGCAUGUCAUAAUAAUGCUGGAUGUUAACUGAGAAGGUGGGAUGUGCAGUAUUUAGAGACAAAAGUGUGAUAUUUCUGUUUGUUAAUGGUGUUCCUUCUGGAGUUGGGAGGCUGCUGGGAAUAACACAAGUAGAUCUAUUAUGGUCAUCGAAAACAUGAGGUCUUACUUGUGCACUUGUGGAUCAUUGUACUUACUGCCUUACAGCUGUUAGUUUAACUUAUGUACAAAAGUGUCAGUAGUCAGGAGCAUGCAAUCUCUUGUACAUUGUUCUGCUUAGAAAGGUAGUAUUUUCUCUUUUUUUUCUAGGCUUAACACAGAUACUUGUUUUGUUUUAACUUGUUCAGAGGGAGAAUGCUUUUCUUCUUUCUGAGCUAAGUGAGCUUUAGCCCUGAGUCAAACCUUGGGGAAGACUGGAUUGCUGGGUCAUGAAUGGCACAGAGCCUCAGAACAGCAGGGACUCUAUGCUGAACCCUUAACAAACAGAUCGCUAGCAUCCAUAAACUUAUAAAAUAUGCAUGGUUAGGGAAGUAGUGUAUUUUCUGCAUAAUUUGUGGUGCUCAUUAAUGUAAAUGCAUAUACUUAAAAUUUGGCAUUUUGCCUUGGCAAAUAGCUUACAGAUAAAAGAAAAUUAUCCCUAUAAUUCUCCAUGUAUGCAUUAUAGCCAUUUCAAAUAUAUUGAAUGAAGUUCUGAAGUUUUGGAAUGUACUGAGAACGUUUUCACCCAAGUUAGCUGUUAGGGCUGAACGGUUCCUCUUUUGAAUGCUGCCAGAACUCGUGCUUUUUGAAUUAGUGGGUGACAUCAUUGGCAUCUGCAGAUGCCAAAGUUCUUUCCUAUGAGAGUGGUGAGGUGCUGGAACAGCUGUCCAGAGAGGCUGUGGAUACCCCAUCCAUCCCUGGAGGUGUUCAAGGCCAGGUUGGAUGGGGUCCUGGGCAGCCUGGGCUGGUAUGAAAUGUGGAGGUUGGUGGCCCUGCCUGUGGUGGGGGGUUGGGGCUUCAUGAUCCUUGAGGUCCCUUCCAACCCAACCAUUCUGUGAUUCUGUGGGCAGUUUGCUAAGCACUGUUGUUAUGUUUUCUGGAUAGGGUGAGGUUUAGUAUCAGUUUUCAGCUGAUUAUUAGUUGUGGAAUUUACAAGAACAAUUGUUUUUCAGACUGCAGUUCAGAAAGUUGAACACGUACAUGAAUUUUUGGAUGUGAUCUUAAUUCAAAUCUAUACGUCUCCUACUCCUGGCACCUUCCCAUGAUUCUCCAGAGGAGAGAAAGAAAACAUAUUAUUUUAAGGAGUAUUUGGUACUUAUUAAAAUCACCCGUACACCCGCCUUCCCAAGAAUUCUGAUUUACUGCAGGUUGUUCCUGCUUCGCAUGCGGACAUUUUUAGAGAACAGAUUUCUUAUCGCUGUGAGCACUGAAUGGCUUCCAGAGCUCCACGAUCAGGGAGCAAAAACCUUACAUCCCUCAUAAAAGGUAGGAAACCAUGCGAUCUAUAAGCCGAUUUGGCAGAGGCAGCGGCUGUUGGUGCCAAGAUUUGGUUCCUGACCCGCAGCUUCCUGUUUUUAAAUCUAUUAAUUGAUUUGCAAAGAGCAUCUUUUGGAAACAAGGACUCCGACAGCCUGGCACAGGCUGGAGCUCCGCCAAGACUGCUCGGGAAGCUUGCCAUGCGGGGAGCGAGCGAGCGCGGGAGCGAGCGAGCCGAGGGAAGAAAAAAAGGCAAGACUUGGCACGGCGCAGUCAAAUCAGCUUCUUUUGUCUGCUUCCUCGGUUUGAGCUUCAGGAAAGAAAACCGUCCUGGGGUACAGAGAAACUCAGAACUUUUUUUUUUUCUGGUUUUCAAACUUAGCUGGCUUUUUAAGUCUCUUGGGUUGUCCGAACGUGGUGGCACACGAAAUGAUGCUCGGUUGGCAGUGGUGAGAGAAAUAAGACUUCUUUAAUGAAGCUUCCACAAUGUCAGGUUACACAUGUGUGAAAUACGAUAUUUGAUUUUUUUUUUCCUUUUUUUUUGUGUGUGUGUGUGCGUGUCUGGGUAAACUGUAAGGGAGCCAAGUAACUUGGAAGAAUACAGAGGGAAUGCUGAAAUCGAGAGAGAGAAUUUCUGUAUUUUUUUCCCCCUUUUUUUUUUUUUGCGGCAGCAAAAAAAGUUUUUGUUGACACAAAUGUGCUUUAAGACCAAAUCUGACCUCCUCCGGCAUGUGUUCAGAAUGGGAAUUUCAACGUUUCUCUCAUACAUGCUUCAGAUGCUAACUUUUAACGGAACGUCCUUAAAGCUUCCAUCUGACUCAGCGCUGGAGUAAGAGUAGAGAGAAAGUUGGGACAUCUUAACGCAAAAGUGAGUAUGUGCUUAAAGCAGUACUAUUUGUUUUGCUGCUCCGUGCUGCCUCGGCUCCAUCUCACAGCUAUCGGUGCCAGCACUGAAGACCAGCAGGGCAAGAAGAUACCCAGACUGCGCCUGAAGGGCUGUAAAAGAAAUGAGAGCCUGGCUGUUUUGUUACUGCUCUCAGAUAUCUCUUUCAGUGCAUCUUAGGAGACAGCGUGUGAAACUGCCGAAUUUUCAUCUGCUGGAGGAAAUCAGAGGUGGGGAAAUACUGACUUCUGCCAAGGGAGGGAUGUUUGGAGAUGAUGGAGCUGGGUUUGAACUGAUGACGCUGGAUAUAGGAACUUCAGUUAGUAGUUACAGUACCUGUUUGCUGUAAAUUGUGGAAAAAUCUGCUUGCUUUUUUUUUUUUUUCCCCCAUGCAUGGAUUAAAAAGAUCUGUGACGACUGAAGCGUGGAUGUCUUUUGAUUUCAAUAAAAUUAAGGACCUGAAAAUCCAUUAUUGGUUUUCUCCAAGGGUGCCUGGAUUUUCAGUGAGACAGGUACCUUAUUUCUGAUUUCCUAGGAACAAAUGCUGCUAUCUUGCCUAUUAGGCCUGGAUGUGGUUGGAUUAUACUCCUCCUGCUCUGACAGUCAGCAUUGUUAUUUCAGAGUAACUGUAAGGCAUAGAUUGUUAUGGAUCGUCUUCACUUAUAAUAAACAUCAUGUCAAUGGAAACAGAAUGGUAGAGCCUUUCCCAGAGGGAACACAGAUGGCUAUAUUUGGUAUGGGCUGUUUCUGGGGAGCUGAGAGGAAGUUUUGGAGACAGAAAGGAGUCUACUCCACUCACGUGGGUUACGCAGGAGGGUAUACUCCGAAUCCUACCUACAAAGAAGUCUGUUCAGGUAGAACUGGCCACACAGAGGUUGUACGAGUGGUAUAUCAGCCAGAAAACAUCAGCUUUGAGAAACUGCUCAAGGUCUUCUGGGAGAAUCAUGACCCGACACAAGGAAUGCGGCAAGGUAAUGACUUUGGCACUCAGUAUCGCUCAGCCAUCUACACCUUUUCCCAAGAACAGAUGGAAGCUGCCUUGAAAUCUAAGGAAGAAUAUCAAAAGGUAUUGACAGAAAGCGGUUUUGGUGCCAUCACAACAGAAAUCCGGGAGGCUCCGGAGUUUUAUUACGCUGAAGAUUACCAUCAGCAAUACCUCAGCAAGAACCCCAAUGGAUACUGCGGCCUCGGGGGAACGGGGAUUUCCUGCCCAAUCGGGAUCAAGAAAUAGCUUGUGCUCAUGGCACCCCCAAUGCUUUGUUCUAGAGGGUUGUUCUGAAAAGGCCAACAGCACUGAGAGGUGUUCCAGUACCCACAGCAUCAGCACAUCAAGAUUUGGGAUGCCCAGUGGGAUGGCUUUUUGUAGUCUGAGCAGCUUCCCUUUUGUUGACAUGAAAAGCCAAAGAGAUUUGGAAAUUUUGCUUGCUGGUCAAUGCAGCUUCUUGCUUUGUGCAGUUCCCUGGUUUCCUUGUAAGCUUGAAAUCUGGAGCGGAAAGAAACUUUUUAAAGUUUGGCUUGAAAUGCUGUUAAAGGGAUGGAUUAUGGGGUGGCUGCACCCAUUGAGCACUUUGCAUAGCUAAUGCCUGUAGGCAUACUUAUUUUCUUGGACUGAUGAAUUUGUUCAUGCUUUAGCUUUGACUUCUGGAGACAUGGCUGAGCUCAUCUUAGCUAUCACAACCCUGUAAUUUGAUGCCUUUGAGAAUGAUGAAUUUAGAAGAUCAGUAACUCUCUCACAAUUCCACUUCCGCUGCAACGUGUAAUAUCACCUAUAGUGCCUAUUUUCUGGAGCAAUUUUAGUAGGAAAAAGUAAAAAUUGUAAUGUGAUACUUCUUUUUGACAGUUCCAAAAAAUGUACAAACACAAGAAGAAAUCAAUUUCGUUUCCUGCACUACAAUAAAUUACGAAGACAGGAAAGAAAAAU